AUGCUGCUACGUGCGUUACUUGUACAUCGAUCGGCUCGCUCUCUUCCUCGCAAACAUCUCGCCGUUUUCUUUCAAAGACAGAGCUUUCGAAUUUGUCGUCGGGAUUACAAGCGUAUCAUCCGUCUGCCGUUAGGUUCCCAACCUGGUCUCUCUCUAGCACUCCUCUCACUCUCUGCACUGGCCUUAGGGUCUGCAUCUUGUGCUUCGAAGUUUCCAAUGGAGUCUGCUGAUGCCGUGAAAGCGGAGGAGCUAUACAAUGACGACGCCUUUGAUCGCCGCGAUCUGCUUACUAUGCUCAAGGAAAUGCAUGCUGCUCUACCACAUGAUGUGGGUGUGAUCUGGCGACUUGCCCGUGCCGCCUACGAUGUCUCGAAUCUUAACUUUACGAGUGCUGAUGAGAAGAAGGAACUUACGUACUACGCACGGGACGUGAUUCAGAAAGGUUUAGACCUUACCAAGGACGUGGCAGCUGUUCAUAAUUGGUAUGGCAUCAUUCUGUCAUCUAUUGGUGAGUAUGAAGGUUCCAAGGUGUCCAUUGCCAACUCGUACGUGAUUAAAAGUCAUUGGGAGACAUCAAUCAAGCUAAACCCGUCAAACCCUUUGACGUAUUAUUUACUCGGACGUUGGUGUAUUGCUAUUGCUGAUCUCUCGUGGCUUGAGCGUAAGGCCGCUGCUGUACUCUUUGGUACACCACCCGAAUCAUCAUACGAUGAGGCAUUGGAAUUUCUACUCAAGGCGGAGGAAUUGGAUCCUAAACGCUGGAAAAGACGUGCACUACUGAUUGCAAAGGUCUAUCAAAAGAAAAAGGACAAUAUCAUGGCGAAGGAAUGGGUAAACAAGGCACUAGCGAUCCCUGUUUGUAGUGAAGCAGACGCGAAUGACCAUGAAGAAGCUUAUUUACUGCUUUCGACGCUGUAA